AAACAGACUUUGUUUAUCUUGUAGGCUGUUUGCUGAAAUGCUCUCCGACUAGUUUACCUGCCUUCCUUCCCCCCCCAGCUUUGUUAUUUUACUCGUCCCAGCCGUAAACGUCGAGAAGAGUGCGAAACUCUUGCAUUUCUCUCCUUCACUCCUCAGCAUUUCUGGGCUCUUUGUAAUUCAGUUUCAUCUUUUUUUGUUGUUGUUCUCUUCAGCUGAGACCGUGCAAGACGAUUAAAAAAGGGGGUCAGCAGGACUUCAGUUUACCCCCCUCCAUCACGUGCCAUUUGUCAAAAGACUGUUUUUAUUUUUUACAAUAAAUAGUUUGUCCUGCAGACGUUUGGCUUACAGCGUUUUGGGGAUUUGUUGCAGCUGAAGGCAGGAGGAGCGCACCGUGAGGAUUUUAAAUCGAGCACUUGGAGAGCGCCAUGGCGACCGAAGUGGAUACGUGGUCCACCGCUCCACAAGCCGACGGGAUGUUCUCUUUGAAAGACAACCUGGCAGAGGCUACCCAUCCCUACAGCGAUGACGACGAUGUGCUGAACGAGGCCGAGGUGAACGGUAACUGGACGCCCCAGGAGAAGGCACUCCACGAGGCACGGCUCAAAGCCAAAGCCAAGCGUCGUCUGCGCAAGUCCUCGUCGCGCAACUCAGCCAGCGAGUCCUUCUCUGAGUCGGGAGAUGUGCCGGGAACUGACCCACACAGUCCAAAGGGCAAAGUCAACACCAACGACCGCAAAUCCAGGACGGGCAAGGGCAGAGGCCUGCCAAAAAAAGGUGGAGCAGGUGGGAAAGGAGUUUGGGGGGCUGCUGGGAUGGUUUAUGAAGAUGAAGAGCCUGAUGUGCGGGACCCCAACUAUGAUGAAUCUGCCCAGGGGGACACAGUUUAUGCAACAGUGGUGCCAGAGGUGGAUGAGAAGGAACUGGAAAAAAUGGUCAACCCAAUUGUGCAGGAGUAUUUUGAACAUGGAGACACGAAAGAGGUCGAGAUGUUGCUGAAGGAGCUCAACUUGGGUCCCCAUAAGUUCGAGUUCUCCUCCCUGGCUGUGUCCCUGGCUCUUGAAGGCAAGGCCAGCCACCGAGAGCUGACCUCCCGCCUGCUGUCGGAUCUGUCGGGCAAGAUGCUGUCACAAAGUGACAUGGCCCGUGCCUUCGACAAGAUGCUGAAAGAGCUGCCAGACCUCAUACUGGACACACCGGAGGCCCCACAGAUGUUGGGCCAGUUCAUAGCCAGAGCCAUAGCGGACCACGUCCUCCCCAUGUCUUUCCUGGACUGUUACAAGGGCAAAGUGGACUGUGAGCAUGCCAGAGUGGCUUUAGACCGUGCUGCAGUGCUGCUGACCAUGAAGAGGGAGAUGGUUCGUUUAGAUAACGUGUGGGGUGUGGGUGGAGGCCUGAGACCUGUCAAACAUCUCGUCAAAGAGAUGAACCUGCUGCUCAAGGAGUACCUGACAUCAGGAGAUGUGUCAGAGGCUGAGCACUGCCUGCGGGACCUAGAAGUCCCCCACUUCCACCAUGAACUGGUCUAUGAGGCUAUAGUGAUGGUGCUGGAGUCGAAAGGGGACACUGCCAGUCAUAUGAUGGUGAAGCUGCUUCAGUCCUUCUGGAAAACAGGCCUCAUCACUGUGGAUCAGAUGAACAGGGGUUUCCAGCGUGUCUACGAUGAGCUCCCUGAAAUCAGCCUUGAUGUGCCCCAUGCCCACUCUAUCAUGGAGACCUUUGUGGACCUCUGCUACCAGGAGUCUGUCAUCACCAAACAGCUGAGGGAUGCCUGUCCCUCCAGAGGACGAAAGCGUUUUGUAAGCGAAGGAGAUGGAGGAGUGAUCAAGAACUAAGCCACAGGAGGAAGAGGAAGAGCAGGAGCAGGAGGGAGGGGGUGUCUACGGGUUCUUACACCCUGUUUCCCUUCCGGCAUGUUUUCCUGAAUUCGGGCAUGCUGGCAGUCUAAAGUUUCCUUGUUCCUCUCCUGAUGAUGUUGUCAUUGCAUUACACAAACCAGCGUUGACGUUCGGUGAAAGUAGAAUGAAGAGUGGCCUGGGCGUUCAGUUCCCUUCAUCUUGUUAAUCACUGUUUUUGACAUUUUUGUAAGAAUAUUCUUUAUUUCUGGGGUUGAUGCACCCCUCUUGCCUCAGCCUUUGUACCUGUUUGUCAAGAAUAAUUCAAGUCAGAGGUGCAGAAGACACAGGUGGACAGGUUGGGUUUUGUGAGCGAUGGGUUUGGGUGGUUUGUCUCAUGCUUUGCUUCACCUGUUGCCACGUCUCUGUAUUUUUUUUUUUUUUUUAAAUUUCAUGGUAUGCGCUAUAAAUGGAAAAGAAAGCACUUAAAAGACAGAGCCUACUCUACAGUCAGUGAGCACUUAGUCAUUUAGUUCAACAGCAAGGUUCUAAACUUUAUUUUCUGCCAUAAAUGAUUUGAAAUUAUUUCAUGGACACCAUACUUUGUAUGUUCUGGCUCCAGUGGUUCUACUGAUCCCUCAUGAGCAGUGUUUUUUGUUCUCUUUUUUUAUUUUCUUUUAAUCUUGGUUUCUGAGGACAAAGCUUCACUUUGUACAGCACAGCAAUCAAAGCAAGAGGUGUUUGGGCACUGGGUGCUUUAUUGCAUUAGGGCAAAUAUAAUUUAGAAGCCCUUUAUGAAAAGAAGAAUAAAUUGGGGUUAAUGUGUGUAAAAAAAAAAAAAAAAAAAUUGAACAAGCAUAAUUUGCUUGCAAAUAAUGUAUCAAAAGCCUCAUGGUCAGCAAAGAAUUCUGGAUAGGUAUUCUUAAAAUGUAAAGCUAAACUUGCUCUAAUGAG